AUGACGGCGCCCAUGGCUUCGACAUCGCAAGAACAGCUGCCGAAUGGCACUGCUGUAGACCCGGCGCAAGCGGUCCCAGCACCGGCCACCAGAGUCGAGCUUCCUGUCCGCUCAAAGAGCAACAUGUCCAACCCCCCGCCAGGCCAGUCCUUGACGGGCAAGGAGGAACAUUACCUCAAGCGCGAGCUGAUUUCAGAACAAGUCAAGUACGAAAUCUCCGAGCUCAACUCCCCUACGGCCCUCAAGCGAUUCGGCGCCCCCUUCAAAUCCGACGUUGGAGAGGUCUCUCCCUUGGAUUCCGAGCUUCCCAUCCUCCGCUACAUUUUUGUUCAUCAUGUCCGCGAUUUCCCUUUCCUCGACAAGGCCAGAGAAAAAGAGUUCUGGCAGGACAAGCUCCAGGUCUUCCUAGAAUCCUUUGCGACCAAGAACAUUUCCUCCUCCGAAGACAGACUUGAAGAGACCAAGCGGCGCAAACUGGCUAUAAAAUGCCAGAAGCUUGUCGAGCUGAUGAUGGUGUCCGGCUGCAAGACCUCCUCCGGCUUCGAGGAGAGGAUACGCUUUUCCGAGAUCGAGGUCGUCGACAGCAACGCCAUCGAAACGGGUGUCAUGCACGCUGUACCUGAGGGCAACUACAUCAACGGCUGGGAUGUGAACAUUGCCGCCGUCAGAAUUAUGACGGAAAGGAAGACUAUCAGAUCACACAAGCACGCUGAAUUCGUCAUGCGUAUACACCGCAAGGGUGAGCUUGAGUUCUUCAUCGGUAGACGGUACGGUGAUUUCGUUAGGCUGCAUAAGAGGUUACGCCUCGAAUUGCCCGGCAAGAUUCUACCCACAUUGCCCAAGAAGAACAAGUCGGACACAACGACCUCCGGGCUAUUCUCCCUGACUGGCGGCGGCAGUCCGGAUUCUUCUGCAUCGUCCGUGUCGUCAGUGUCGACCAUGAUGACCGGCCUCACACCACACGAGAAGGAAUCUGCCAAGUUGUCGGUGCUAGGACACAAACGCGCAGCCUCUACAGCUUCCAGUCGCAGGUCACCUCGCGUGUCAACUGACAGCAGGCCCAAGAGCCCCCUGCCGUUCCACACAAAGAAGAAUGGCCAGGUGACGUUGUGGCGUGAGAGCCAGCGCGUCUCUCUCCGGGCUUUCAUCCGCAACCUGCUCUCCAACCCCCAGAUCGCGCAAACAAAGGCCAUGGAGGAGUUUCUCACAAGAGACCCGAUCACGCCGACUGAUGCCGAUAUCGACGACAUAGAGCGGAGAAGGGCGGUCGAUGCGAUGCGUGUGGAGGAACAGAAGAAGUUUUACGAAAUCGCAAGGAAGCGUGCGGCCGAGCUUGAUAUCUACAUGGAAGAAUUCCGCCAAGAGAUUGUUGAGCGCAACGGUCUGACCUCGCUGUUCAAAGAGAUCAAGGACAAGGAGACAAUCCAGGACCUGAGCAUUCAGUACAGAAAGUUCGCCGAGUGGCUCCGGAUCGAGGUUGCUGCCACGAUAUACCACUUGUUCCUGGCGGAGGACAACUCUCCCGAGCUGUUCGCUCAGGCAAAGAGGAUCCACUCGCUCAUCCCGUAUACCGUCAUCAAGAAUGUCAUCAGGAUUGCGAACCCAGCGGCCGUCAUGUCUGGUAUUUUGGACGUCUUCCUGGCGCAACCUUUCGGCACCCGUUCGCUGCUGCAGCGCAUCUUCUCGCUUACGCUCAACGACGGCAUCAAGAGCUUCCAAAAAUCUAUCGACACUCUUGCCGCUAAGAUCGGCGACGAGGUUUUCACGAAGAAGUUGAAGAUGUACACGGAGGCCGAGGAGCAUAUCAAGCUUGCCAUCCGGGAAGAGGCCGCGGCUGAGGAGAUGGACUUGAUUGUCGUCAUUCUGCGUUCUGACUUCCUUGAGCCUAGCUUGACUUCGGACCAAAUCGGCCGACUCUACAACGCCUACGUAGCCUUCAACAAUGCUGUCGAGAACAUCGAUGAGGAGCUGAAGCAGGGAGCCCAACUCUUCUCUUACCUCAAGCAGUUCUUGAAGCUUUGUACCAGGCAACACGACAAGGCCAUGAUGCUGCAGCUUGUGGAGGAACCGGUCACGCUCCAGCUGUUCCGCGACCUCUUCACCAUCUUUUACGAACCCCUCGUCCGGGUAUACAAGUCGGCCAAUGUUUACAGCAGUGUUACCGACUUUGCCGUGUUCAUCGAUGACAUGAUCCAGGUCGUGGAGAAGUGCCAGGAGCAAGAUGCGUCGGCAGACCCGAACCAGACCGUGCAAGCGUUCAUCGACCUCUGCCAAAGACACGAGAACAACUUUUACAAGUUUGUGCACGAGGUACACACCCACGACAACGGGCUCUUCGACCAGCUGAUGGGAUGGAUCGAAGACAUCCUAGAAUUCCUCAGAAAGGGCCCUAAAAACGGCACUUUGAACAUCAAUGCCCUGUUCGAGGGAGGCGUCAGCUCGGGCAUCAUCGACAAGGCCAAGGUCAUCGAGGAGGUUAACCAACUCAUCGCAUGGCAAGAAGCCAGGAAGAAGUGGCACCAUGACAAGACACGACAGAAGAUGGCCGCCGAAGGAAACGGGGGCCCGGAUCUUGCUCCCACAGGCUUCUCAUCGUCAGACUUUGGCCUUGAUCAGAUGGACCUGGAAGACAUGGCGUACGACGAUGAUGACGAAGAAGAGGAGGAGGCAGAGGAAGAGGAUGAGCUCGACCCGAUCGAGGCCGAGCGCCGCCGUCGUGCCAAGAGACGCGAUAGACUUCGCCGGAGCGCCGGCGAACCGACUAAGCCGCCCGUCUCCGAGAUUCACAAACUCAAGGAAAAUUUCCUUGUCAUGUUGCGCGAGGUUCUUGCCCAGUAA